ACCAAACUUUCAACAUGCACCCACUCAUCCGAAGUAUACAACCUUUAUCCACAGCUUUUGUGCACUCACGGCCUGCAAGUCGCAUUAAGAUACCGAAUGCGAUUGCAUUUCCAUCAUGGACGCGCUCGUUCCAUGCUUCGGCAAACCUUCGCAUCGUUGACCUCGCGUACCGACUCCACGACGACUCAGGCAAGGCCAAGGGCGACCCAAUCGUGAUAAUCCACGGCCUAUUCGGCAGCAAGAGAAACAACCAGAGCGUUGGAAAUGCCUUCGCGCGUAUCCUCAAACGCCCCGUCUACGCAAUCGACACGCGCAACCACGGCGAAUCUCCCCACGACAAAGUCCACACCUACACGGCCCUCGCCGAAGACGUAGAAGCCUUUCUCCACAAGCACUCGCUGAGGAACGCGACACUAAUCGGGCACUCGAUGGGCGCAAAAACAGUAAUGACAAUGGCGCUCAGGAACCCAGAUUGCUGCGCAAACAUCAUACCAGUCGACAACGCACCCGUCGACGCAGCCCUCUCAAGCGACUUCCCAAAGUACGCAGAGGGCAUGCAGCAUGUGGAGAAAGCGCAGCCCAAGUCGCAAAACGAAGCCGAUAAACUCUUGGAGCCGUAUGCCAAGGAUCUGUCUGUCCGCCAGUUUCUUCUGACAAACCUCAUGCGCACGGAGCCGGGUGCGCCGCUGAGAUUUCGUGUUCCUGUGGGUACGUUGACCAAAGCGCUGGAUCAUAUGGCGGAUUUCCCGUUUAAGAAUCCGGAUGAGGCGCAGUUUAGCAAGAGGGCGAUGUUCAUUAGGGGCACAAAGAGUCACUAUGUGAGCGAUGAGACGUUACCGAUCAUCGGGAGGUUUUUCCCUAGGUUUGAACUGGUGGAUGUGGAUGCGGGACAUUGGGUUGUUAGUGAGAAGCCCGAAGAGUUUAUCAAGGCUGUUGUCGAGUUUUUGCAGGACAAGGAAUAG